AUGCAACAAAUGCCAUCUUCUACUCCCAUCACUGAUACAAAACAAGAAGCCACAACCAAUUGCUUAUAUCCAUCACAAGCAGCAGCAGCACAACCAUCAUCAUCUUUGGCAUCCAUCCAAGGAGGGGUUAAUACUCCCACCCCACAAGGCUUUCGUUCACCACUGCAACCAGAUGAUGACUCUGAAGAAGAUGAUGCUGCAAGUAAACCCGAUAUCCCCAAUCAUAAACGUAACGGGCGACGUAAAAUCAAGAUUGAAUACAUUGAAGAUCGGUCAAGACGUCACAUUACUUUUUCAAAGAGGAAGGCAGGGAUUAUGAAAAAGGCUUAUGAGCUGAGCACCUUGACAGGCACUCAAGUAUUGUUGCUAGUUGUAUCAGAAACAGGCUUAGUGUAUACCUUUACAACACCAAAACUGCAACCGUUGGUCACCAAACCAGAAGGCAAGGGUUUAAUUCAAGCGUGUCUUAAUGCGCCGGACGAGCCAGUGGCCCCCAAUGUUUCUUCUUCCUCUAUGGGGAACAAAUCCAUCAACGACGGAGUGCGAGACAGCAGUAGUAGCAGCAGGAACAUAUAA